GUGGCUGAGCCCGGGGCGGAGCUGGCGUCUCCUAGAGCACUGGCGGCGGGACGGCGGCCCCGGCCCAGAGCAGACUGGUGGGUAGACGCUGAGACCCGCCCGGCGGGAUCACAGGCCGGAGGACGACCGAGCGCGCUGCGGUGUGGCCGCAGGGACAGAGACCCGGAGCUGUCCACUUCGGCAGAGCGGGUCAUCUUCAGGUCCCUGUGCCAAGACAUCCAGCUGCACCUGCCUGGCCAUGGCACUGUGUCUGAAGCAGGUGUUUGCGAAGGACAAGACCUUCCGGCCCCGGAAGCGCUUUGAGCCUGGCACACAGCGCUUUGAGCUAUAUAAGAAGGCACAGGCUUCACUCAAGUCUGGCCUGGACCUUCGGAGUGUGGUGAGGCUGCCGCCCGGGGAGAGCAUCGAUGACUGGAUCGCUGUGCAUGUGGUGGACUUCUUCAACCGUAUCAACCUCAUCUAUGGCACCAUGGCUGAGCACUGCAGUGAGAGCAGCUGCCCAGUCAUGGCUGGUGGGCCCCGCUACGAGUACCGCUGGCAGGACGAGCGUCAGUACCGAAGGCCCGCCAAGCUCUCAGCACCCCGCUAUAUGGCAUUGCUCAUGGACUGGAUCGAGGGUCUCAUCAAUGAUGAGGAUGUCUUUCCUACACGUGUGGGAGUUCCCUUCCCCAAGAACUUCCAGCAGGUCUGCACCAAGAUCCUGACCCGACUCUUCCGAGUCUUUGUCCAUGUCUACAUCCACCACUUCGACAGCAUCCUCAGCAUGGGCGCGGAGGCACACGUCAACACCUGCUAUAAGCACUUUUACUACUUCAUCCAGGAGUUCAGCCUGGUGGACCAGAGGGAACUGGAGCCACUGAGGGAGAUGACAGAACGGAUCUGUCACUGAGUCCAGAUCUGGAUGCUGUUGCCUGUCAGAUGGAGAGGGGACCCUUAGGAGCCUGUGGGUAGAGAAAUCUGAAGGCCUGCUGAAGAGUAGGAACCCUCUAGAGACCCAAGACCUCUGGACUUCUCAGAAGUCUGUCUGCGUCCCAGAAUGCAUGAAGAAGGGAGGGUUCCAAGUGGGCCACAGAAGAAAAGGAGUUUAGCCCCUCAUAUUAAGUCCAAGAGUAGGGUAGGCUUUCAAGGUUUCUGCUCUGAUACUUCAAUCUUACACUCUACCAUGAUGGUUCCCAACUCCACGGGGGAAUGUGGAUGUAGCUGAGUGCUGGCAAGAAAAUUAUAGAGAGCUCAGAGUGCCUGUACCUGAGUAAGCAGGUAUGUGUGCCUGCAUG